AUGUCUUCUUCCAAAGGUCGAAAGAUCAAUGCAUUGGAGAAGAAGCUUCAUCAAGUCGCCCUUGCGGCUGGAAAGCCUCUUACACAGAAGGAGAUGGAUGCGCUGGAGAGCGACGCCUCCAAGCGCAUAGAGGCCAUAAACUUUCUGUCUGCUGCGGGGAUGUUGAAAGUGAUGAAGGACCCGAAAGGAACCCUAUUGUAUCGUGCGGUGCAGAAGGGAGAGAUGGAUCUUAAGAAGGGCAUGUCUGGCGAAGAAGACAUGGUCCUGAGUCACAUCCAGGCCGCUGGAAAUCUCGGUAUAUGGACAAAACAUCUGAAAGCCAAGACUGAGCUUCAUCAGACCGUCAUUGACCGAUGUCUGAAAUCUCUUACCCAGAAGCAGAUUAUCAAGCCCUUCACUGGUGCUGUGAAGUAUCCAACACGCAAACUCUACAUGAUGGCCCACCUCGAACCGUCCGUCGAACUUACAGGUGGCCCCUGGUAUACCGAUGGCGAACUCGACACAGAAUUCAUCAAGCUUCUAUGCAGUGCAUGCCUUCGAUUUAUUCGGGAUCGCAGUUUCCCGAAACAAAAACGCUCUGAAGACAUGCCCGAAUCCUCGCAACCACUCUUUUCCAUCUCCAAUUCACCAUCAUACCCCAGUUCUAAACACGUCCUCAGCUUCCUGGAGAAGAGUAGAAUUACGGAGACGCAGCUGACGGAGGCCCAUGUUGAGAGCCUGCUGAAUGUCCUCGUGCUCGAUGGGGACGUUGAGAAGCUUCCCGCGUUCGGAGCAGCCCUCUGGGAAGCUAACGCAGAUGAUGGCUCAGGGUCCGAAUCCGAGACUGACUCUGAUUCUGAUUCCGACAAGAAGAAACGGAAACGAAGCAGCAAACCCGACUCGUCGUCCUCUUCCAAGAAACGAAAAUCGUCAAAAGUGAAGAUCAAGACGAGCGACGACGAUGCGUCGGGCGAGACGGAUGACGAGGCGAUAUCUACCCCAAAGAAGUCCAAGUCCAGAUCGAAGUCAAAGUCACGGAGCGACGAGAAGGGCAAAGGCAAGAAGAGGAAGCGCAGGGACGUUAGUGAUGAUGAUGAGGAGAGUGGCAGCGAAAGUGAGAGUGAUGGUGGGAAGAAGAACAGGAGUAAGAGCAAGAAGCGCAAGAUCGAGGAGAGUGGAAGUGAAGACGACAGUGACGGUGAUGAAAACGUGGACAAAGGCAAGAAGAAGAAGAAGUCCAAGCCAGGAGCCAAGUCAAGAUCCAAUUCCAAAUCCAAAUCCCUCGCCUCUUCAUCCGAAUCUGGAUCAGAAUCUGGCUCAGACUCGGAACCCUCAGACUCAGAAUCCCACAAACGCUCGCGAUCCCGAUCUCGCUCGAAGUCCAAGUCGAAGUCCUCUUCCAAGAAACCAAAAGCGAAAUCACGCGCCCGGUCGUCCUCUCCUGUAGCCUCUGAAACUUCUGAAGUCGAUGCGUUUACGGGCAGUGCCUACGUCUACCGUGCCGUCCGUCAAGAAAGAGUGGCAUUAGGAUGGAGCCAGGCUCCGUGUGGGAGGUGCCCUGUGUUUGAGUUUUGCAAGGAUGGAGGGCCGACGAAUCCCAGGGACUGUGCGUAUUAUGGGGAGUGGUUGGGCAGGGGAACUGUAGCUGCUGAGUAAAGCUGCAUAGCGACGAGCGAGGGAUGUAGUGAAGCAAUAUAUGUGUAUG